AUGCCGUGUAUAUGGACCUCCAUUUUGCCUGCUGAGAAAGAAAGCCACAACCUCACAAACGCCAUCUUCAGGAACGGCACUGCGGGGAACUCCCACAGCGCGGAGUCUGAGUCUGUGAACGUCCUCCUCCUCUUCCUCCUGCUGCCCAUCAUCGUCUUCGCCGUGCUGGGAAACCUCCUCAUCAUCGCGUCGGUGGCGCACUUCCGCCACCUGCAGACGUGCACCAACGCCUUCAUCGUCUCCCUGGCGACCGCCGACUUCCUGGUGGCGGUGCUGGUGAUGCCCUUCAGCCUGGCUCGCUCGGUGGACCGAUGGCGGUUCGGGAAGCUGUUCUGCACCGCACACUUCAUGCUGGACGUGGUCCUAUGCACGGCGUCCAUUUUGAACCUCAGCUGCGUGGCGCUGGACCGCUACCUGGCCGUGUGCGACCCGUUACGCUACGCGGCACGAAUGUCCGCCGAACGGGUCGCCAAGCUGCUUCUUGUCUCCUGGCUGCUCCCCGUUUUGGGCUUCUGCCUGCUGGUGGGGGUCGACCUGUGCUGGCAGAGCAGGAAGGGGGUCCUGAGGGGGCAGGGGGCGGAGGUGUGCCUCCCCGAACUGCGGGCCCCUUACGCCACAGUUGCCUCCAUUUUGAGCUUCUUCAUCCCCAUGGCGUUCAUGAUCGCGACGUACGGAAGGAUCUUCCUGGAGGCCCAGAGGCAGGCUCGGCAGAUCCAGGCCGCUGAGGCCCAGGUCGGGCAGAGACACCGCGACUGGAGCCCCUCCGGCUCACGGAAGGAGGGGAAAGCCACACGGACCCUAGGGAUCCUCCUGGGGGCGUUCCUGCUGUGCUGGCUCCCCUUCUUCACGGUCAACGUGGGCCACCCGUUCUGGGGGUGCCCGGUCAGCCCCGGGGUACUGGAGUGCGUCCUGUGGCUAGGCUACGCUAACUCCGCCCUCAACCCCCUGCUCUACGCCUUCAUCAACAGGGCCUUCCGCCGUGCCUUCGCGGUCCUCUUGGGCUGCGGCAUUCUGGGAAGGCAGCUCCAGGGAGGCCGUCUCGACGCCGGGGUCAGCCAGCAGACAGGCCCUGAGCUGGGGACUGUGACCAGAUGA